ACCUUCUUCGGUUGAAUGAACAUUACCCGGGCUUGAUCUAAAGUUAUUUGUACGAAGAAAUUGGGAUCCUGUUUAAAGCAACACCUACCAAUAUGGCAGACCAAGCACCAGUUACACAACAACCUGGACAACAACCAGCACCACCUGGUCAGCCUCUUGCUGGACCACCUGGUCAGCCUCCAGCUGGACCACCUGGCCAGCCUAUGCCUCACUACAACUAUGGUCAGGCUCCUCCUCCAGGAGCCCAGCCUCCAGGUUAUGGACAGCCUCAGUAUGGACAGCCAAUGCAGCCUCAGUAUGGCCAGCCUGGAGUAGCUGUAGCAAUGAACAUACCUGGACAGCCCCCAAUGGUCCAAUGGAUGGCUCGACCCCAGGCUAUACCUGGCUGUCCCCCUGGCCUUGAAUACCUCACCCAGAUUGAUCAACUUCUCAUCAAACAACAGAUUGAGAUUCUAGAGUUGUUCACUGGCUGGGAAAUGGCCAACAAAUACAAGGUCCUCAACAACCAGGGUCAGCAAGUCUUCUUUGCUGCAGAAGAAUCUGAUACAUGUGAACGACAGUGCUGUGGACCUAACAGAGGUUUCAACCUUCACAUCACUGACAACACUGGACAGGAAAUCAUCAAAUGUACUCGUGAGUUUAAGUGCUGUGUGGGUUGCUGCUGGUGCGCCAAUGCUGAUGGCUGUGCACAUGAAAUCGCUGUGGAGUCCCCUCCAGGCACCAUCGUGGGAUACGUGAGGCAGGAGCAGAGUUGCUGGACUCCACACUAUAGUAUCAGGGAUGCCAACCAUGAGCCUGUCCUCAAUAUCAAAGGUCCAUGCUGUGUGAUGAAUGGAUGUUGCUGGGAUCAGGAGUUUGUUGUGUGGUCAAAAGACUGGACCGCAGAGGUUGGCAAACUCAGCAAACAGUGGAGUGGAUUUGCUAAAGAGUAUUUCACUGAUGCUGAUAACUUCGGAAUUACAUUUCCCAUGGAUUUGGAUGUCAAGCUGAAGGCAGUCAUGUUGGGCGCUGUGUUCCUCAUUGAUUUCAUGUUCUUCGAGCAGAAGCAGAACAAUCACCAUUAGGCCUUGGUUUCUGGAGAGGAUCAUAGAUUUGGCAGUGGUAUAUAACAAAGUCCAGGAAUUAGUGUGAAGAAUCCUCAGCCGAUUGUCAAUGUAUCUAAGAUAUUAUUAACACAAAAGCUUACAAACCUUAUAAAAAACAAAACAAAACCUCAUUUGUUGUUGUGAGGACCAUUUCAGAACUCUUUAGAUUAACAGUUAUCAGUAAUGUCCGCAAGUUUGAAUUGUGUAAACAAUAGUCUCUUAAUGAAAGACAGAAACCUGUGAAAACAUUCUCAUUGUUAUAAGUCUAUAGUGCCUCUCUUCUCUGUUCCAAAUACAUUUUAUAGAUAUCUGGCUGUUAGAUAGAUAUCUGGCUGUUAGAUAGAUAUCUGGCUGUCAGUCUAACAUGACAAAAGAUCAACUUUGCCCGAGACAUGUUAAUUAUGAGGCCUAACAUUCAGAGAAAAAAAUCAAUGAAAGUGUUCUUAAACUCAAAUUUUUACAAAUAUUUUACAUUUUAUUUAAAUAUAUGUAUAACCUGGUUAUCAGUAUACCUUUGUAAAUAGUAGUCUAAUCCCAUGCACAUUAUUGUGUACCAAUUGGAAGGAAACAUUUACAGAGGCAUUAGGUUCAGAAGAUUACUGCAGCAAGAAUUGGUGUACAAUAGAACAAAAAGCUUUAAUUUGUAAGAUUAUAUUUCAGAAAUAUAUAUUUAUUCAAUUCAGGAGAAAAUGCUUUGAUAUCUUUAUAAUGAAUAUAUACAGUAUAUGUUUGAGAAGUGAUUUGUUUCUUUGCCUUGGGUGAAACAAAACACCUUCUGGAAAUGGACUUUUAUAUGUAUUGUGUAUGUAUUCGUCCUGAUAUUCAGUCUCAUGUAUGAAAUAAACAUACUCGUUGAACUAAAUACAAACUUUUAUAUAUUAUGGAUGUUUGCCUGAUAAAUCUGACAGAAGUAUUGGGAGUCAUUGUACAUCUAAUUUUAUAUUGUUAGAUUAAAAAGAUUUUAUUAUAAUAUGGUUCAAAUUUUGAACUCUUUUUUUUUUUUAACUUUGGACAAUAGCAUUGUUUAAAAUCAUUGAUAAAUAAAAUAUGAUCGUUUUGGAAU